AUGAUUAGAAGACCAUUGACAGAAAUUACUUUGAAACUCGACGAUUUACAAGAAUACGAAACUUUUCGUCGAGAACAAGGAAAUAAUUCCAGCUCAACGCACGAGAUGCAGGAAGACAUACCACCAAAAUCCUCGACUGCAGGAGCCAAGACCACCGAAGAAAUACACAACAGAAUUGGUUAUGCUCCCAAAAAGAAACCCAGUGGUCCAAGUACUGUGUAA